AUGGCUAUGUACAACAUGCUUAGCGUCGAAUCAUUCCUCAGCAGGGAUCGACAUAAAGAUGAAGGAAACGCCUUUCUAGUACCCUUCUCAAACCAUGACAUCUCAGAAGAAUCUGCCUAUGAGUUUGAUGCACCUGACGCAGAGUAUAUCCAUGACUCAGUGACUGAAAAGCGCCGCCAUGCCGUAUACUAUCACCGGCCUCCCGUCUGGUGCCCUUCACGGCAGUCAAGAACAUCGAGUUUCUCUGGAAGCACCAGCAGCUGGGGUACAAAGGAAACGUGCAGUGAUCAAGCAGCUGAUGAUAGUGAGAUGCCGGAAGAUGCCUAUUCCUGCAUCGCUGAUGGCUGUGACGCUACCGCUGCAUUAACAGAUGGGUUAUCUGGCACAGAAAUCAACCAGUCGCAGUCUGAUCAGGAGACCAUUAUCCUUGCCACAGACAUGGCAACAAUUGGGUACCGUGAGGAAAUACACUCUGUCAGAUUGGCGAACCUCCGUGAAACCUUAUCCGAGCCGGGUGCUAUUGCAGAGCUCCGGUUGGAUGAGAAGCAGUCCAUCCACGAAGGAUCACUUGUGAUUUGCGUUGAUCCUGCAUACACCUUGUCCGAUCAUGAUAAACCGCGCUCUGAUGAGUUCGAUCUGGUUAGCGGGCAUAUAUUUGUUGUCUGCCGUCUGUACUCCGACUUAUGGGCUCUCUGUGCCAGUGCUUCGCCGUCUCAGCCGGAGACGGUCUCCGGUGAGACAAUAUCAACUGAGCCUAUGCGACUAGCAUUCUUGCCACUCUGCGCAGUGACGCUAGCCGCAAAUUUUAGCGCAUUCAAUCAGAGAUGCAUCAAUUAUGCUCAUGAUAAGUCAGACGAGCCUAGGUAUCCUGGAAAUGGGCUCCCGGUUAUGCCUCCUCCACGGACUUCUAGCCUCAGCGAUGGCAAGCAGAUCUUCCGCGGAAACAGACGCCACAUCGCCUUUCCAGAGGUGGUCUACGAUACUUUCCACCGCGUCCCUUUCGAACAUCGCAAUCCAGAUUUUGUCCCAGCAGACUCUUCUCUGGAAAAUGUGCUUUCUAACCUGACCGACCGAGGAAGUCGUCGACUCCAGCGCUUAGGCAACCGUAUGUCAAUCCGGAAGCUCUGGAGCGAAUCUAAAAGACCUGCUCUGGGAGACACUGAGAAUCAAUUGUCCCCUUCAUCUGGUUACCUUGGAGGACCGACAGAGUUGGGUGCAAUACAGCAUCAUUCAGGCCUGCAUCGGCGCGGUUCUUUGAGAAGCCAGAGGCUGAGUUUUAUCCGGGCUGCCCGUUAAUAGGAGACAGGAUCCUUCAUUGAUUUGUCUGAGUCAUAUUUUAUGAGCGCCUAUUUGAUCGCC